UCUUCAUUCCAGGUUGCUGUCCAAGAACCUAUCAUUUCUUGCCUCGCAGGGCACUGCUGGCAGCCAUCAGCCCCUACUUCCGGGACGUCUUCACCACUACGUGGAAAGAAUGCAAGGACAAAGAAGUUGUGCUUCAGGACGUGGCCCCAUCAGUGGUCCAAAGCAUUCUGAAAUACAUCUACACAGAGGACGUAGCCCUUACUUCGGAGGCGGCCCCACUCCUCUUUGCAGGAGCCAGCCAGCUGCAGAUCAUUCCUCUACAGAACAUAUGCUGUAGGUUUCUUGUGACUGCCCUCUCAAUGCAGAACUGGUUUGAGAUGUAUUCUUUGUCCCAAGUGCAUAAGAACCAGACUCUGCUCCGGGGUGUUUUACAGCUCAUCACCCAGAAUUUUGACAGAGUCGUUGAAGGGGACGAUUUCCUUCAACUCGACCUCAGCAGCCUCACCGCCCUGAUCUCCUCCAGCGAGCUCAUGGUGGCUUCGGAGUACAAAGUCUACCAGGCGGUGCAGCGCUGGGUGCAAAAGCAGCCCGCCAAGCGCCAUGCCCUGCUGCCCGAGUUGAUGCUUCAUGUCCGCCUCCCUUUGCUGAGCCCACAAGAGCAGGGGGAACUCCAGAAGGACCUGGAGCGGUGGAAGGAUCUUAAGCUUGAAUGGAAGCUUCUGGAUGGGGAGGAGAGGUUGCGUCAAAGCCAGGGGCUCCGGGAAGGCAUGUACAAGCCCUCCAUCCUGUGCAUUGACUCCCAGAUGUGUGAACAUCAGGAGAUGGAACACUGCUGCAUGAGCUGCUAUGACCCACAGACCGAGAUGUGGGAGAAACUUCCUGGGCUGGAGUCCUUGACGCAUGCUUGCUGUACUUCCGCUGGGGACAGGAUCUACAUUUCUGGAGGCAUCUACAAGAAUUCCUACUCCACCGCCGUCUAUGAGUUCAGCUCCUUCACGAACCGGUGGACGCAGCUGCCCUCCAUGGCCACGACCCGGGCCGCGCACGCCUUCCUGUUCCACGACCAGAGGCUGUACGUGGUCGGCGGCUGGCGCAAAUUCCAGAUUUUCCUCAACCUAGCCGAGAGCUUGGAUCUGGCCACGGGGAUGUGGGCUACCAUCGCUAAGCUCCCUUUCCCUCUGAGCCACCCGGCGUCAAGCGUAUUCCAAGAUAGGCUCUACCUUCUCGGGGGCGCAACGGGCAUCUCCAGUCACUGGUUAUUCCACCGAGGAAUUCUCAUCUACGAGCCUCGCUCGGAUGUUUGGACCCAGCUACCUCUGUCGGUGGGGCUCUUUGCUGCUGGAGCCGUGGCGAUGGACUGUGGGAUUUAUGUGAUUGGGGGAUAUGCAGAAAAGAAGAGGAAGGACAGCGCGGAUGGGACUCUGGUACCCGAGAACCGUUAUAGCACGCGUCGGUGUUUCUUCAUCAGCGGGUCGGGCAAAGUGAACCGCAGCAUCAGCAUCCCGAAGCUGCCCCGGGGGAUCGCCAAUGCCGGCGUGGUCCGCUGCGGCAAACGCAUCUACCUCCUGGGUGGGGAAGACCUAACCCAGCACUACAAAACCAUUUACCACUGGGGACCCGGAGAGCCUCGCUGGCACCGGAGCGCCAUGGAGGUGCCCGUGUUCCGGGAGGGCAUCAGCCGGUUUGGGUGCACCACCCUGAUGAGGCCCAAACCGCACAUCCUUCAGCUUUUCCAGGCUGCCUCCUUGGUGCCCGUGGCAGCUGUCUGCAAAUAGACAAAGCCCCCCCCCC